CUCUCGUUUCUGAUCUCCAGCAACACCCAGAAUGGAGCAUCGGCGCGAAAGGUUAGUUCAGUGAGACUUCCGUUAUCUCCUUCCAAUCUUCUCCAUCCCUGCUAUGACUUUGACCACGUGCGCUGCUCGCUUCUCUCGGCUUCUUCCUCCUUCUCCUACUUCUCCUCCAAGUCUCCCUAAACUUUGCGAAACAUGCGCUCUUCACUGUGACAACAAUUCUUUUCUGCCUCGGCUUCUGGGAAGUUCCUCAGUUUCGUUCAAUAUAUCGAAAUUCAUCAAGGCUAAAGCUUCUGUGAGCGAGAGCGAUCAUGAGAUUUCAGAAAACAACGUUUCCGAGUUAUUGGACCAAGAGUUGCUCGCAAGAAUUGCUGCUGCUGAAGACGCCAAUGAGGCAUUGCAGAUGAUCGCUGAAAGGUCUAGAAAAGAUGAAGGUGUCGUUUGCACGGCUGAUUGUUGCUCCAUUAUAUCAGCGGCACUUAAUCGAAACAAUGCAGAGCUGGCUUUGUCGGUAUUCUUCGCUAUGCGCGCCAGUUUUAAUCAAGGUUAUUAUGAUUACGUUGCUGAGGACGGUCCUUUGAUUAAGAGAUGGAGGUGGUCUAGGCCAAAUGCACAUGUCUAUACAUUGUUAAUUCAGGGUCUUGCAUCAUCAUUGAGGGUUUCAGAUGCUCUUAGGGUGAUUAAAUAUAUUUGUGAAGUGGCAGCAUCUCCUGGUGAGGAGGUUCCUUUUGGAAAGUUAGUCAGAUGUCCUAGUUGUAGGAUAGCCGUUGCUGUUGCACAGCCACAACAAGGUAUUCAGUUGGUAUCCUGUGCAAAGUGUCGCUACCAAUAUGAACUUGUUUCUGGUGACAUAAUCUGUAUUCAAUCAGAAGAAAUCAGCAUGGAUAUUACGCCAUGGGAAAGGGGGUUAAAAUUCCUUCAACUGAAGAAGCAAAGCUUUCCUGCUGCAGUUCAUUCUAUUGUGGUGCAGACCCCUUCAGGGAUGGCUCGUACGCAUAGAUUUGCCACUGAAACAGUUGAUGUGCCAGCGCAAGUAGGAGAAAGGGUAACUGUUGCUGUGGCAGCUCCAUCCAAUGUCUAUAGAGAGGUGGGCCCCUUUAGGUUUAGUCCUAGGGCCCCUGAUUUCUAUCCUGGUGAGGCUAUGUGUUUGACGAACCACAAAGAUGGCCGAGAAUCACUUCUGUUAAGAGCCCCAAGAAAGGAAGGAGAUUCAUCAUUGCUUAAACCCUCUUUCCUCUUUCCUCUUCUUGCUGUAUUUGCAACCGGUGAUGCUGCAUCUGGACUUAUUGACCCCAGCCUGCCCCAGUUUAUAUCAGUUGUUGCAGUUUCAUCUCUUGCUGUUGGGGCAACAUUAAAUUCUUUUGUUUUCCCCCGGUUGAAUCAGCUUCCACAAGGAUCAGUCGAAGCAAUUGCUAUCAAACAGCAACUUUUAUCUCAAUAUGAUGUGCUUCAGUCUCGCAUCAAAGACCUAAAAGAAGCUUCUGAAAAAGAGGUAUGGAUGCUGGCUCGAAUGUGCCAACUGGAAAACAAAAUUUCUGUCGUUGGAGAACCCUCAUAUCGGGCUCGUAAAAGUAGAAUCAAGAGGGUACAAGAGAGCUUGCAAAAGUCCCUCACGGGACGGAUUGAAUUGAUUGACAGCUAUGCCAGAAUCUCUUCAAUGAUUGAAAUUGAGGUGGAGAUGGACACUGAUGUUCCCGCAGCAGAAACUGCCAGCAAUGCGGAUAGUAUCAUGGAACAGAUACAACAAAUCAUGGAGCUUGAAAAUCUUGAGGAGAGAUGGAAAAUACAAGUCGAAGCCAAUGAUGAGGCCGAAAGACUUCUUAGCUCACAGCCCUUACCUGAUGAAGAAGUUUAACCAUGUUCAGACGCACCGGGUUUAUACGGCUGCAUCAUUAGGAGCGGACUUGUAUCCGAUGAAAUGGGAUGGCGUGGCAUCUGAAAAGGGCCACUAAAGAUGGGCCUUCUGUCUCCAGAAGCCGAGCGUGGAUCACAGGUCACAGCACAUAGUGGGUAAAUUCAUUUUAAAUCAUCUUGGUUGCACUAUUUUACAGAUGAGCAGGCCUUUUAAAGCCAUAGUAUAUUAGGGAUUAUUAUUUAUUAUCGAGUAAUCAUUGUUGAUCUUUCCUAU